AUGGUUGAUUGCGUUGGGUGGUCGAGUGUCGUUUUUCGUAACCGCGUGGCACAGGGCACGAGCUUAACCGCUACUUUAUGGUAUGGUUUAUGGGUCAACUCAAGGCCGCUCACUUACCAAGGUGAUGGACAGGAAGACUUUUCUUCCAUUCGACCAAUCGACUUCCUCCAAAAGGAUUUGACACUAACCCUACCAACCACACACCUCACAGAUCCCAUGACAAACGAUCCCGACUACCAUACCCCAGACGAGAUUCGAGCCCUCCAAACUCGUCAAGAGGUCAUUGCUUCCUUACAAUCAUCAUGCGGUGCCACGGAACGAUUUUGGACUAUUUGGCAAAAACAUUACCUGACCUGCCUACGAGAAACGCACAGAAGGACAAUCUCAAGUAAACGACAGGGACGAGAGACUCCUACCAUAGGGGACGUGGUUUUAGUAAGCGAUCCAGUAAUUCCACGUAAUGAGUGGAAGCUAGCACGAAUUACCGAUACUCGAGCAGGACGGGAUGGGGAAAUUAGAGAAGUCGAGCUUCUCACGCCAGCGCGCAGAAAAAUACGACGACCUCCAAACCUUCUCAUCCCUCUGGAAAUACAGCCUGCUACAACUCCUUCCCACACCACACCAGGAGAUCACGCAGUAUCAGACGGGACAGACGAACAAAUACCCACUUCUCAUCCUUACAACCUGCGUCCGCGACGCGCAGUACAUUACGCUGAUGAGCAAGUGGUUACGACAACUCAAACUGCAACAGUCAGACGUUUCCCACCAAAAUGGUUCCUAUUCUACAUCAUGAUCAUCACAUUGUUCACAACUUCGUCUACUUUUGCCAACAGGGAUAUAAGCAUGACGUGUAGCAACGAAGGUGUGCUCGUUCAUACAUCUCGGAACGAUCCGUUUGAAAUCUGCGCGGACCACCAUUGUCAAAUGAUCACCCCAGUGACAAACCCCUUCCUUGUCAAAUUUCCACCAGAGGCAACACUUCAUGACUACCUAGUGUCACUUAAAUGGAAUACCGGAGAUCAACUGGCAACCAUGGAGACAAUGUGCCAUCGCCUCAAUUUCUGUCAACAACUCGAUUGUUGGAUAUGCUCAGCGGUCGUCUUCAACCCCGAGUGUUGGCCAAUGGGUGCAAUAGUCAUCACAGCACUCCUCUUAUACGUUAUAGUAGCCAUACUAUAUGUACUCCUGUAUGUUCCCAUGACUAUGGGAAAACCGAUCCGUAUCAUUCUCAUCGUGCUGAGAAGGAUCCUCCUAAUUUUGGCAUCUGCACUCAUAAAGCUCUGCAUGACACUAUGCCGCAGGAUGAGACGACGACGGCCACAAUCGCACAGAGACCGUUUGCUAGCAGUUUUGGCAAUAACUCUUGCCGUAUCCACAUAUGCGAUCCAUGCGUGCCAACAAGUAAAUGUACUUGAACAUCGCUCCACUGUAUGUAACAACUACGACGGACACGAAAGUUGCUCGAUUUACCUGAACGAGCUUCUCAAAAUCAACACUUUCCAUCGUGAAGCCUGUCUACGACUCACUCGAAACGUAACCUUGAUCGCAAACGUCAAACUUCGUUGGAAAGGCCUCUACCUACACUGUGAACAGGAGUCGAGGAUCUUCACACGAGCAGUGGAGCUGCAAAGGAUUGACAGCAAACGCUGCCCGCACAUGGGCUCGUGUCAAGGUCAAAAAUGCGCCGCGAUCCACCAUUCAAGUCUGAUACCGGAACUUGAGGAAGGAAAUAAAUAUCCAGGUCGCACAGGCUGCAUAGAAUCGUGCGGCGGCCCAGGAUGCGACUGUUUCUUCUUAAGUUCCGGUUGUCUGUUCUACCGCGUAUACGCGGUGCCGAAGAACAGCAAAGUCUACGAAAUAUUCCGCUGUACCCGAUGGACUGAACAAGUAAAAUUGGAGGUGACAAUUGAGGACCUCAGCUCCUCUGAAGGAAAAAGGCGAUAUGUCCUCGCUAUAACUCCGAACGUGCCCACGGAAGUACCGUCAAUGACAGUUACGAUGACGGCGGUAACUCUACCUCCUCUACCCAAUCUCUCCAAAGAGUUUGUCACAGAUGGACGAGAUGUCGCGAUCUGGAAUAAUCCUUUUACACCGGACCUUCUCUGUGCUUCUUGGCGCCACGCUAGAGACAUGAACUGCACCCUCAAAGAUGAUUGCAGAUGUCACGCCGCGGAAAACAGUGUCAGCUGUGCAUGCCCUACAAAAGAUAUCCUGGCAUAUUUCAAGCAGCUCAACUUAGUUCUCCCAGUGAAAACAGCUUCCUGGGAGCUAUCGCGACGACUCAAUGAGACAGUCACAGCAAAAAUUUCACAAAUGGUAUCAGCGGACUUUGUUGUUCAGUUCAAGACGGUCAUCGAGACUGCGAAUCUCCUUGUCACCAACAAUGUGUGCAACAUCGCCAACAGCGAACUGGAGGGAUGCUACUACUGUGCGAAGGGAGCUACAGCCAAGGUCACCUGUAGAUCAUCAACUAACACGCUCGGAGAAGUCCUGUGUGGUCGCCAUGCCUUUGUGGUACCAUGCGCUCCCACUUCACCUGAGUCAAAUCUCUAUUUCCACUUGGAUUCCGCACGCCAACUUCUCAAUUGCUCGAUCAGAUGUGGAGAAACCGUGCAUUACUUCGUUCUAUCGGGUAUUCUACGGUACACGAGCAAUUUUCAUGCUGCAAUGACUGACUUUAUUCAAGGGAACACUACCGCUUACCAUGGUUUCCAGCUCCCAGACUUUCACCACAUACUGAACGUCUUCAUGGACUGGUACAAAGUACUGUUUGUCAGCAUUCUGGCAGUGAUUUUUGCCUUAUUGGUGUCCUACUUGUGCCUACAAUCUCUGGGAAUACGCCUCAUGACGCUCCUUUUGCGCGGCGCACUUACCCUGCAAGUUAUGGAAUUCAACUCGGCUCCUCCAUCGCCAAACCCUAUCCAUUCGGCAUCCACUUCAUGUCAGCUACGUAGCUUACAGCACGACUAUGAAGAGCUGCUACACGCUCUGCCGCAACUCCCCACCCCCCAACAGCUCGUGGACCAGAUUGCGCGAACCGUGGAAACGCUUCACAGGACGAUGCGCUCCAUCCUUCACCUGGAUACUCAAAUAGAGGCCCUCCGAGCGGAUGAUAGUUCGUGGCAGACCAGAUACUGGAAACACAGCAUGGCAGCCGCUUCCGUGGAUAAGCUACGCCUCGAGUUGCUUCUGUCGCGAACGACACUCACGUUCCUUUUUUCCUUUCCUCCACUCCUCGUAGCUACACGCGUGAUAUCGCUGGAGCAAUGGAACGCCAAACUAGCCGAGCCGCGCACGGAUACUGAAGGUGAUACCUUAGCCAUGGGACUCAAGGACUUAGAGAACACCAUUUCAGAGCAGCUCGGAUUCCUUCAACAUUACUCCGGACUACUCCGAACGAUUGGCGAGAGCAUUGCGGAAGACCAGUUUCAAGAUCAGCAGAUCGAGGACGAGGACAACCGAUUCUUCGAAAACCUGAUAAUACGCAAGCUCGACAACAUCACGCACAUACUACGAGGAUCCCAACUGGAGCAUAGCGCGACGCAGACCGAGUCUGCGGAGGACCAUCGCGGCGCGGAGGCUGCGGAGACGCAGGAUUCGGGCGCGCGGCGGCAGGAAAGCGAAGAGGGACGGGAACAACGCGCUAUCGACGACAACGCAGAAUUCAUGGAAGAACUGCAAGAGGAAAUCCGUCCCGACGACGUUUUUGUCGUUGUAGACGAGGUCGUGGGAGCCGAGGUUACCGAGGAGAACGCUUAUCACGAGGAGGCGCUGGCACCAAAAGAUACGAGCGAGACAAGACGUCUCAACGAGGAGAUAUUACGUGUUCUCACCGAAAAAAGGGACCUGGAGCGACGGAUUCACGAGAUGGCGAACGAGAAGACUUGCCCUCGCCGCAGAUUUGAAACAGGGCAGAUCAGGAACGAAAACGAAACGACGAUGCCGUGCGUCUUUUGUGGACUAAUCGGCGUGCAUUACUCGGACGCUUGGUGUGUCUCAAAAAACGCUGCACGGGAGGACAUAGGUGCGACAAAAGGACAACGAAGUGCCGGUACUGCGCCGAUUACGGACAUCACCCUUCGCUGUGCUUUCGGCCUCAGAGAAGCGAAGAAACCCGACAACAGCUAG